AUCAAUGGAUAUCUCCUAUUGUUACUGGAGACGGACCACCUCCUAUUCAUUCCUUCACUCUCACACCAGUUACUAAUAACACUGCAGUAAUGUUCGGGGGUGAUACUGAUAAUGGAUGGAGCAGUAAACUGCACAUAAUAAGUUUCAGUAUGACAUCAGUGGAUGUAUUAGAAGUACCUAAUCCUGGGGGAUUAGUACAAUGGCCUAAGGGAGGAGCAGCUCAUUCCAGUGUACUGAUUACCACUGAUUCAGUACCACACUUACUAGUGGUGGGUGGAUCACCUGCUUAUGAUGUAUGGUUACUGGACAUUAACAAAAAAGUAUGGAAGGAAUUGGUAAGUAUUAUAUCAUGAUGCCUGAUAAUGAAACAUAAAGUGAUUAACUAAAUUUGUAACUCACGAGGUUUGUAAUGUACAUGUACAUAAUACUCAGUGAAAACUAUUGAUGAAUGAUGCUGGUAUUAAGUAUAUGUGUGUGUCUAUUUUUA